AUGGCAGCAGAUACACAUCAAUGGGCAGUUGAGCAGCCACAAUCUAGGUCUGUUUUUGAGAUAUCUAAUGGUUCUCCAUAUAUGUCGGCACAAAUUGAAAAAAUGGAGAAAAAGCUUGAAAGAUUUGAUGCAAAAUUUGACAUGUUAUUACAAAGAAUUCCAGGUUCACAGGUUGCUGUACAACAGCCUUUACCAGCUGCUUGUAGCAUUUGCAAUGUGACAACCCAUGAUUUUUUGAGUUGUCCGCAUAAAGAUGCUUAUCCGGAAUUUGCAGCGGAACAAGUUAAUGCAUUUAAUAAUUUCCAGCGUCCAAGAUAUGACCCGUAUUCAAAUGUUUACAACCCGGGUUGGAGAGAUCAUCCUAAUUUUAAGUGGGACAGAGAUCAGCCUGCAAGGCCACAAUUUCAACAACAGGUACAACAACCUGCUGCGCCUAAGGCUGCUUGGGAGGUUGCAAUUGAAAAAUUAGCAAACGCCACUAGUCAAGAAUUCCAAAAUUUACAGGCAACAGUGAAAAACAUAGAAAAACAAAUGGGGCAGAUUGCAUUCCAAGUUUCAGAAAGAGCACCGGGUACAUUUCCUAGCCAAACUGAACAGAAUCCAAGGGGAUGCGCAGAUUGUAAGGCAGUUCGAGUUCUACGUUCAGGUAAAAGUUAUGACAAUAGAGGUGACAUUUGUGCUGGAAAUUCGCAGGCAGCAUCACAGCCACAAACAGAUUCAGGAAAAUUUGCAGAUUCUGAAGUUUUUGCAGAUUCUACAGCAUCUAUGGGCGGACCCGAAAACAGUGAAAAAAGUGCUGCAGAAACUGCAGAACGUGUUUAUGUGCCUCCAAUGCCUUAUCCCGAAAGGUUGAAGCCCAAAGUUAAAGAUCAACAAUUGAUAGAUUUUAUGAAGACGUUGGCCAAAGUUCAGAUAAAUCUCUCAUUGAUUGAUGCAAUUAAGAACAUUCCAUCUUAUGCUAAGUUUUUAAAGGAUGUUUGCACAAAGAAAAAGAAGCUAGUGGAUUUUGAAAAAGUCAUUCUUACAGAACAGUGCAGCGCAGUUUUAUUACACAAACUGCCUCCAAAGAAACAAGACCCAGGGAGUUUUACAAUUUCAUGCACAAUUGGAAAUUCUAAUUUUAAACGUGCUUUAAUUGAUUUGGGUGCCAGUAUUAAUUUAAUGCCUUUUUCUGUUUUUCAGAGGCUAGGACAAGGAGAAAUCAAGCCUACAUCAGUUAUUCUACAACUAGCGGAUCGUUCAGUUGCUUACCCUAGGGGAAUUAUUGAAGAUCUCAUUAUUAAAGUGGAUAAUCUCUAUCUUCCUGCAUAUUUUGUGGUCUUGGAUAUGGAUGAAGAUAUGCAAACACCGAUUAUUUUGGGGCGUCCGUUCAUGGCUACUGCUCGAACCUUAAUUGAUGUUGAGGCUGGGACACUUACACUUAGAGUGCAAGAUCAGUCCGUUAUUUUCAGUUUAUUUGAAGUAACCAAAAGGCCAGCUGAUGUGCAAGAUUGUAUGCGUGUUGACAUGUUAGAUAGCUUAAUGCAUGCUGAAAUUAUGCCCCGUUUGACAUCAGAUCCAUUGUUAAAGGUGUUGCAUGGGUUGGAGAAUAAAAACACUGCAGAUGAAGAGGUUUUUGAGUAUGUUUCAGCUUUGGAAAGUGCUCCUUUUCUACACCCCCGUUGGAGGCACGUUUUUGAGAGUUUAGGGGAACCAAAAAAACCAUUGCAGCCCUCUAAAGUACAGCCACCUAAACUGGAUUUAAAAGUACUGCCAGGACACUUGAAAUACGCUUAUCUAGGUGCAAAUUCUUCGCUGCCAGUUAUUAUAGCUGCUGACUUAUCAUCAACAGAAGAAGAAAAAUUGCUGCGUAUUUUAAGAAAUUAUCAAGAUGCAAUCGGUUGGACUAUAGCAGACAUUAAAGGGAUCAGCCCUACAAUUUGCAUGCAUCGAAUUCUUAUGGAAGAUGGAGUAAAGCCCACCAUUGAUGCUCAACGUCGUUUGAAUCCAAUUAUGAAAGAAGUGGUUCGUACUGAAGUUAUGAAGCUUCUAGAUGCUGGGAUGAUCUACCCAAUUUCAGAUAGUAAGUGGGUUAGUGCAACUCAAGUGGUGCCCAAGCGUUCUGGAAUUACAGUUGUGAAGAAUGAUAAUAAUGAACUUGUGCCUACACAUUUGACUACUGGGGGUAUUGAGGUUGAUAAGGCCAAAAUUGAUGUAAUUGCAAAGCUGCCACCACCGACAACUGUUAAAAGUGUUCGAUCUUUUCUUGGUCAUGCUGGGUUUUACAGACGGUUUAUUAAGGAUUUCUCCAAGAUUAGCCGACCAUUGUGUACUUUAUUGGCUAAGGAUGCUCCUUUUGUUUUUGAUGAUGCUUGUUUGGAGGCUUUCAACAAGUUAAAGACACUCCUCACUACAGCACCCAUUAUUGCAGCACCUAAUUGGAGUUUACCUUUCGAAUUGAUGUGUGAUGCUUCAGAUUACGCAGUAGGAGCGGUUCUUGGACAGCGGAAAGAUAAGCUUCCCCAAGUCAUUCAUUAUGCUAGUCGGACUCUCAAUGAUGCACAGCUGAACUAUGCGACCACAGAGAAGGAAUUGUUGGCAGUUAUUUUUGCAUUAGAAAAAUUUCGUUCUUACUUAGUUGGGGCUAAGGUGAUUGUUUACACAGAUCAUGCAGCUUUGAAGUAUUUGUUGUCGAAGAAAGAUGCUAAGCCUCGAUUAAUUCGUUGGAUUCUUUUACUACAAGAGUUUGACUUAGAAAUCAGGGAUAAGAAGGGUAGUGAAAAUGUUGUGGCUGAUCAUUUGUCCAGGUUGAUUGUGCCAAUUUCUGCAGAAGAAGACUUGCUGCCUUUGAAUGAAAAUUUUCCAGAUGAACAACUAUUUGCUACCCAUAUCAUUUCACCAUGGUUUGUUGAUUUAGUUAAUUAUUUGGCUAGAGGGGUACUUCAUCCAGAUUUUACUUUCCAGCAGAAAAAGAAAUUUUUGGCAGAUGCAAAGUAUUAUUUUUGGGAUGAACCAUAUUUAUACAAAUAUUGUUCAGACCAAGUUAUUCGCAGGUGUAUUCCAGAAGAAGAGCAUGAAAGUGUUUUAAAGUUUGCACAUCAGUAUGCUUGUGGGGGACAUUUUGGCCCUAAAAGAACAGCAGCUAAAAUUUUGCAAAGUGGAUUGUUUUGGCCUACUCUCUUCAAGGAUGCAAAUAGUUGGUGUAGAUCUUGUGACCGUUGUCAAAGGGUGGGUAAUCAGUCCAAAAGGAAUGAAAUGCCUCAACAAAGUAUAUUAGUCGUUGAAUUGUUUGAUGUUUGGGGUAUUGAUUUCAUGGGACCAUUCCCAAUGUCCCAUGGCAAUCAGUAUAUUUUGGUGGCUGUUGAAUAUGUUUCUAAAUGGGUUGAGGCAAUUGCAGCAUCAACCAAUCAAGGAUCAGUUGUUCUGAAAUUCCUCCAAGGGGUACUUUUUCCACGAUUUGGAACACCGCGUGUCAUUCUAAGUGAUGGGGGUAAGCACUUUGUUAACAGAUCGUUUGCUACGUUGUUGGCUAAGUAUGGGAUCACCCAUCGUGUUGCUACUCCUUAUCAUCCACAAACAUCAGGACAGGUUGAAGUUUCAAAUAGAGAAAUCAAGCGAAUUCUUGAAAAAACAGUUAGCUCUACUCGAAGAGACUGGAGUUUGAAAUUGAGUGAUGCUCUCUGGGCGUACAGAACAGCAUUUAAAGGCCCAAUUGGGAUGUCCCCAUUUCGGCUGGUUUAUGGUAAGGCUUGUCACUUACCUAUGGAGCUAGAGCAUAAGGCGUUUUGGGCUAUUAAAGAGUUGAAUUUUUCCUAUGAUUCCGCUGGAGAAAAACGUAAAUUGCAGAUUAAUGAGCUUGAGGAAAUUCGUAAUGAUGCUUAUGAGAGUUCGCGCAUUUACAAAGAAAAAACCAAGGCAUUUCAUGACACUCAAAUUCUCAGAAAGAAUUUUCAUCCAGGGCAAAAAGUUUUGUUAUUUAGUUCAAGGUUGAAGUUAUUUCCAGGGAAGUUAAAGUCUCGUUGGAAUGGUCCCUAUUUGGUUACUAAGGUUUAUCCUCAUGGGGCGGUUGAUAUUACAAGUGAAAUUAAUGGCAACACAUUCAAAGUGAACGGUCACAGGCUGAAACCAUAUUUGGAGUCGCCCUUCGAUAUUGCACGCGAGUCACUGACUCUGAAGGAACCAGUGAUCUGA